AUGUUUUGUCGAACGACAUAUCCAUCUGCUGCACCUCAAGCAUUUGUCACAACAUCCGCCAUCCGUCAAUCUCCCCCUCACUGGAGUCCCCCUUUUCCUGGCUUGUCUCCUUCCCUUUGGUCACUGCGUCCCGGCCGGGACGCCUCACCCGAUCUCUCGACGGCUUCUUGCAUCCAAGACCAUAGAUCAUCAAGCAACGUUGUACGGCCUCUGCUGUGCUGCGAAAGCCACAGCACGGCCAGUCCAAUACCGGCCAGCGCCUUCCUCAGCACAUGCGCAGCUUCUGAGCGCAAGACGUCCACCGCUCCGUUAGUCUACCACCUUGCGGUGUACCAACUCUACACACUAGCAUCCACAACUGCAACUUCUGCAUGCCCCAAGCCCGAGAUUGGCGAGAUCAUCGCUCGCCAUGAUGACGCUGCGUGGGUUUCCGCUUUCUGGCAGGAAAUGAAGUAA